GUUUCAGGAGAAUAAAAGUUGAAAGGGUGUUUUCAUUCCCUAGGACUUCUACAUUUGUUUGUAACUUUUUAGUUUCUUUACUCUUUUCCUUCUACUGAAAAUCUGUGUCUGAUUUUUGGUGAAGUUGAGAGAGAUAUAUAUCAUAUCAUUUUAGUUAAUUUGCACCACAGUGUCGAACUCCUAUUCAUUUUUCUAAGACAUUAAGGAUUUUUCAUCCUUUGUGGAAGAUCUGUGACUGCUCCACUUAGAUCUGUGCCUUUCAGGAGAGAAAGGACUUGGAAGAGAGAGUGAAAAACAUGAAUAAUUUUUCUCACGUUCCCCCCGGUUUUCGGUUCCAUCCCACAGAUGAGGAACUUGUUGAUUACUACCUGAGGAAGAAAGUUACUUCAAGGAGGAUUGACCUCGAUGUCAUAAAAGAUGUUGACCUCUAUAAAAUUGAGCCAUGGGAUCUUCAAGAGCUUUGCAGAAUAGGAACAGAAGAGCAAAAUGAAUGGUACUUCUUUAGCCAUAAAGAUAAGAAGUAUCCAACUGGAACUCGCACAAAUAGAGCAACAGCAGCAGGAUUUUGGAAAGCAACUGGAAGAGACAAAGCAAUCUAUUCUAAGCAUGACUUGAUAGGGAUGAGGAAAACCUUAGUCUUUUAUAAAGGUCGAGCCCCUAAUGGACAAAAAUCUGAUUGGAUCAUGCACGAGUAUCGCCUCGAAACAGAUGAAAAUGGCACACCACAGGAAGAAGGAUGGGUUGUCUGUAGAGUAUUCAAAAAGAGACUAGCAACCAUGCGUAAACUGAGUGAGCAUGAUUCUCCCUGUUGGUAUGAUGACCAAGUCUCUUUCAUGCAAGACUUGGACUCACCAAAGCAAAGCUCUCAACCUAAUUUUUCCUACCAGUUCCCUUACCCUUGCAAGAAAGAGCUAGAUUUGCCAUACCAUUUACCUCUCCAACUUCCAAUAGAGAACCCAAAACUGCUUCAAUCUGCCUCCAACACUAUGACACCAUUUGGUAUAGAAGAAAAUCACGCCACUCCAGCAUCAAUCAUGCAACAAGUUCAACAAACUAGUCAGCAAAAUUUUCAGGCAGUGUUUGGACACAAUACCAAUGAACAAGUGGCUGAUUGGCGAGCUCUUGACAAGUUUGUUGCAUCACAACUCAGCCAAGAAGAUGCAUCCAAAGACAAUACUUACACAAGCAACAAUAUAUUUCAGGUGAAGAACAAUAGCAAUAUUGAACAGUUGAGGGAGUUGGACAAACAAGACUUGAUGCCUGAAAACGCCUCAACAUCAAAUUCAAGCUGUCCAAUUGACAUGUGGAAAUAGUGGCUGAAUGAAUUGAUUUUGGGUACAUACUAAUAAUAGGGGUUAUUAGCCAUUAUAAAAAGGAGGAAAAAAAAAGUGGAAAUACCGUUUAAUUUCCUGUACAUAAUAAACGAAAUGAACAUGACAUUAAAGCUAGUACGUGCAUGUGAAUUCUCUGGCUUCACUUCUAGCUAGCUACUAGCUAGCAUUAAGUUAAAAUUUAUUGAAAUAUAUAGUCAAAUAAUUAGUAGAAAGUGAUCAUAUUUCUCAGAAUAGCUAAAGCUUGCAGAAAUUAUAGAUAUUGUGUGGUUUAAAGUUGAUGGGCUCUAUUAUGUA